UCAAAUAAUGCUAGGGUUUCAGCAAACCAAACAGAGAUGAGUAAAGUCAUCGAGUGGUCUGAUUUACCCAGAGACCUCCUUGACUAUAUAGCCAACGGUCUCUUCUCCAAAGUCGAGCUUGUACGAUUCCGUAGCAUCUGCAAAACAUGGCGUUCAUCUGUGGUGACGAAGAAAAAGCGUUUUCCCAACCACAUAAAUCGCAACCGUAGACGCCGUCUUUCGUCCUACGAUUCUAAAAGGUGUAUACUCUCUCCCGCAGCUCUCUGUCGUGUGAUUAUCUCGUCACGUCCGGACAAAGGAUGGCUUAUCAAAACCAAAGGUAUCUAUGGUGUCUCCUCUAAAUCGAAACUCCUUUCUCCUCUCUCUCGUAACUCCAUCAACUCUCCUUCCGGCAAAACCCUCGACCUUUUGGAGUUCACGGUUUCAGAGAUUCAUCAAUCAUAUGACGUUCAAUAUUACGAGCAUGGUUCGAAUAGCGUAACAUCAUAUAAGUUUCCUAGAGUUGUUCUGGUAAGGGAUCUGGUUUUCGUAGUUAAUUGCAACAUGCAAAUCUGGUGGUGCAAUAGUAGCGAAAUUAAUAAACCUUGGGCAAGAAUCGUGGAUGAAGAAGUUGAAAAUUUCUCGGAUAUACUACUUCACAAAGGUCAUCUUUAUGCCUUGGACUGGAAAGGUGCAAUUUGGUGGAUUAGUUUAUCUGAGCUCAACAUAUAUCAAUACGGUCCAUCAACUCCACUGGAAUACUACGAGGUUGAUUAUUGCAAAGAGAGGAAGCUGGUGGAGUAUUGUGGAGACCUAUGCAUUGUUCAUCGUUUCUGUAAGAUAUUUACCGAAAAGAGAGUUAAGGUAGAAAGGACCACCGGUUUUAAGGUUUAUAAGAUGGACGUGGAAAAUGUUAAAUGGGUUGAGGUUAAGUCUUUGGGAGAUAAAGCUCUUGUGAUGGCUACGGAUAGUUGUUUCUCUGUCUUGGCUAGAGAGUAUUAUGGAUGUUUGGAGAAUUCCAUCUAUUUUAUAGACAAGGUAGGGAUAAUUAACGACGUUGAAGUGUUCAAGCUUGGUGAUGGUAGUAUUACUAAAAUGGCUGAUUCUUCUUCUCAGAGUUGUUUUGAGAUGCUUAUUCCUUCUUUUGUUUGAGAAUAUUUU